CGCACGCCUCUCUCAACGCUUCUAGUUAAACAUGUCCGCGCCCACACCUAAGAUGACUGUGUUGUAGCCGUUGUAGCCGACUUAUAUCAAACGUGAAUCGAGUAGCCACCGACAUGGCCCUUCUGCGUGUUGUGAUUGUGCACUGCUGUGUGCUGGCCGCUUGCGUGCUGGCACAGUUCAACUGGCACGUGCGGGACAACUUCGACGACAUUCGUAUGCGCAUCGACAAAGUACGCGGCGACAACUGUCGGGUGGUGGACGUGAACGAGCUCUUCUUGCCCAACGAAACUGUCACCCAUGUGCCCAACAUACAGAGGCUCAACAUCGACCCCGUCUUCCCCAACCGCACCAAUCUGUUGCACAUACACAACAUGGCUAUUUCCAGGGCCUUCUUCUUCAGCUUCAUUCUGCAGAAGGCAGCGGACAACGAUGAGCCGGGCUUCAUGUACUACUUCAUGUCAGUCAUCUCGGACGUGGCAGCCAACCGGUUCAUCAACAGCAGUGCUAUCUACUAUGCGCCCAACAUGUCAUUCACCCCCUCGUACAAGGGCUUCUUCAACAAGACCAUGCCCCUGUUUGCACCGAGGGCAUACAGGGCUGACGACUUCAACGACCCAUACCACCUGGAAGGCACAUCGACGUUGAACACAAUUGAUGCCGUCGACCUGGGAGCCAUUCCUGCAGACACCCCGAGCCGCAAUUAUUCGAGUGACCAGUACCGCAUUAACGAGUGGUAUCACCACUGGCUGCCCGACCCGACCAAGCGCCAGGACUCCAAGACAACGUACACCAUUCAAAUCACCCAUUUCAAUGGCACCAAUGAGACGUUUGUGUGGCACGGGCCUCCAGAUCCGUCGGACAAUCCGGGGCCUGUCAAGUGGUCGCGACCAUAUUUUGACUGUGAGCGAUCCAACAAGUGGGUGUACGGUGCCACCUCGCCCAUUCCUGACAUCUUUCCACGUCACACACAGUGGCGUCACAUUGAAAUCCCCAAGUAUGUGGCAGUGGCUGUGCUUGAGCUGGAUUUUGAGCGGCUGGACAUAAACCAGUGCCCCAUUGGGAGUGGCAACCCCCGACCCAACUACUUCGCUGGGACAUCCCGCUGCAAGAAUGACACCACUGAGUGUGAACCAGUGCACGGCUAUGGCUUCCGGCGGGGUGGCUACCAGUGUCGCUGUCGGCCUGGCUUCCGGCGUCCCCGGAUUGUGCGCAACCCGUACCAUGGCGAGCUCAUAGAGCGUGCCACGGAACACGACUACCGCACGGGCUUUCACUGCGAGAAGAUUGGCUACUUGAUGGUGCAGACGCAGAACUUGCUCCGCAUCGCGGAAGAGGACCGCAUUCGUUUCAUUGGCAUGCAGGCCAACCACAUGGCUAUCCUAAACAUCAGCAGUGGUGCCAAUAAAGAUCCACGCCUUGUCUUCACCCUCAUGAAGGCGGUGACAGCAUCCAACUGUGCCGAAAUCGGGCGGGAGAGGCCUGAGUUGCUGCGGCUGUCCGGUGAUGUGGCACACGGUCGGGACUGGCAUCUGGAGAAUGAGGCACGCUCGGCCGUCCGGCUGGCCAACUUCCUGUCUGGGUUCCUGCAAACUGUGGAUCCGAAAGAACUGUUUGCAGAGUUUCGAGUGCCCGACCGCUCACUCACGCAGGACCAGAUCAUCGGGGAAGCCAUGUCCCUGGUGGCCGGCAACCAGCGCAUUCUGGGCUGUGGUGUGUACUUUGACCGUAAGCAGUUUCCUGGCCGGCAUUUAUACGCACCUUACGCCUAUCGGCGUCAUCGCAAUGAGCGGCGCUUCUACGUUGACGACAUGGCACGCUUCCGUGGUGCAGCCUACCUGCAGGAAGGGUUUUUCGCCCAGCUUAAGACACGCUGGGCAGCCAACCUCGAUGACCUGGUCACAUACACCACCAAGAUCCGCAUCAGGUACAACUCCACAGGCCACAACCCAAUCAACUACGACCACUAUCCACUUCAGUAUUCUGCAGCUGAAGUGGAACAUGGCUACUGGACUGACCCAUACUUUGACUGUGGAGGCCUGCAUACUGACUGGGUCAUGGUGUACGCAUCACCUUUCUUUGGCUGGGACAGCCUUCACGACCGCAUAGAGUUCAAGGGUGUGGUCGCUGUGACCAUGAUGCUGUCGGAGCUUGACAUCAACCAGUGCCCUGACUAUGACCCGUACACUGAGGAGAACAUCUUUCAGGACACCCACAAGUGUGACCGCCAUUCCUCUAGGUGCGUGCCAAUCUUGGGCCGGGGCUUUGACUCGGGCGGCUACAAGUGCGAGUGCCUUCAGGGUUUCGAGUACCCUUACAACGACCCCAUCACUUAUUUUGAUGGCCAAAUAGUUGAGGCCGAGUUUGAGAAGGUCAUCGAGGACAACCCCAGCAAGUACGACACGCUCAAGUGCCGCAUAGCAGGGGCAUCUGCGGUGCUCUCCAGUGCAGUGCUGAUCACAGUGGCUGUGGCACUGUUGUGUGGUCUUUUGUGAGUGCUGCUUUGCUUGGACUGGAACAGAUGGAGCUCCACCGUGACGGCGGCCACUGCUGUGGUCUUCAAGGGAGCCACCUGUGGCUUAUUCCGUACAGGUGUGCUUUAGAAUGCAAAUGAGUACAUCGUGUUAGCUGCCUAAAUCUUGCGCUACCUCGCUAAAUAUUUUCCUGCAGACGCUGCCUGCUUUGGCAAGUGAAAUCUUGUUAAUAUGUGGCAUAAAUAUGCACUAUAGGGUAUUGCACACUGCCUGCAAAGUACAAGUUUGUAUCUCAUGGCAUGCACCGUUGCCGCCAGAAAUUUAUUAAAUGCAAUGCCACAUCAAAUGUGAUCUAAAACAUACCUUCCAAGUCUCCCAGACUUCAACCACAUCUUUCUUAAGUUUGUAUGCUUGUCAGGAAAAUCUUCCGGAAAUUGAAAUUUCUGUGUGGGACCGGGCCACAUUGACAAAAAUCGAGCCCAAUCUAAUCCAGGCUCUGUGCGAACCCAUUGCAUUUUAUUGUAAAUGACUUAAUGAGGCCUUCAUUUUAACGUGCUGCUCAGUCUCGGUGAUACAAUACUGGCAGAUUCAAAUCCACGAAAUUCCUCGGUGAAAUUACUAUUGGUCCAUCGGACCAAAUUUUGGAUGUUUCAAGCAGUUUUUCUUAUCAUGGCAGGUGGUAUAUGAAUUAAAGUAUCAAAGCUGUCCUACAAAGGCUGAGAGCUGCGUGCCCGAAGCUUCAGAAGGAUGUGCGCAGCCAGCACAUGCUUCGUCGAAACUGGACAAAACUGCAGUCACUCUUGGCAUGAUCAUGUAUGGCAAUGACGUAACUGACAGAACUCUGCAUGCGAUCAGUCAAGGCGACGCUAAUUUCUUUAAAGACUGCAUACAGAAACGUCACAUCAUUUGAAACCCUGUGGCCAAUGUAACUGCAUAUAAAACUUGACAAAACUGUGGUCGUGGCGACGCAAUCGUCACAAGUGACUACGAGCUCCAAGCUAACGCAGCAGUAGAUUAAAGGCAAUAAAGACGUAAACAUGGCUAGAAGCGUUUUGGUGUUCCUGUCCAAAGAAUAUAGUAACGAUAAUUCCUGACAAUCUGUGCACUUUGGCACUCGGUUUUCAGUUCGCCUCGGGCGAAGUUCUGACUCGCGCUUUAGCGACGGCAGCCGCACCAUCACGUCUGCUCACGUGUAUCCCAGGAAGAUGUACCCGAAUUCUUUUGACAGAAAUAGAUUUUGCUAGUUUCUUUUUUGAUGACGAGAAAUGUUGGCAGAUAUGAGUACUGUCGAAUCUCAUUAAUUUGAACACGCUUAAUUUGAACUUCUGGUUAAUGCGAACUGGCGAUGAGGUCCCGUCAAAGCUAUGUGUAUUCUGAUGGGUGAAAACGCCCGGUAAUUCGAACGCGCAAGCACUAGCGAUGGUUCAUUCGAACAUACCGCACUCUGAAAAUGCUCUCAGCACCCCGCCCAAUCCCCCGGCGGCACCUGCGACAAUCUUUUCACUGCGCGCGAAGGAAAGGAAAAGGAAAGAAAAGGCUGCGGUAGAAUGCUUGCUCUCUCUCAAAUGCUGAUCUGUGGUGCGCUUGUGUCACGCUUUCCCUUUUCUGUCCCUGCCACGUAAAGACCCUUCUCUUUCCAAAGCCGCGCUUGAAGAGAGAGAGAGAGAAAAAAGGCUGUUGCCGGGUUGAAUGAAUGUGUGGUUGAAAGAAAGGCAAAAGGCACUAUCUUCUGCAGCCCUUGCCUUUUGCUGGAGCACGGCUCUGCGUCUUGAGGGCGGAGGGGGGGGGGGUCUCUCAUGCGCCGGUGCCAUGCUUCCCCUUUCCCGUCCCUGCCACGUAACCCUUCUCCUUACGACGUGCGCAAAGAGAGCAAAAAAAAAGAAAAAUAAAAGCUGCCGUAGAGUCUUGGUUUUCUCUUAUAGGCCGAUCAGCUUCUCUCUGCGUAGCGAUAGUUAUAGCGCGAGAAUAGAGCGACGACACAGAGACAAGAGGGACACAAAGGACCUUCUUGUCUCUAUGUGGUCGUUCUGUUCUCGCGCUAUAACUAUCGUCAUGUCAUACCAACUAGUCGAAGCUGCCACACCCCUACGCGUGGAGACGCUCCUCCUUUCUCGUCACGUGCUGGCCACGCUGCGGCUUCGCUACGCAGUCGUUGUCGUCGUCUUUGAAGAGUGUCAGCGCUGGACCUUUCCGCGCGCAACCACUCUCCAGGAGAAUGCUGAAGCCGAAGUAGAAAUGCUUUGCAAGAUGCGUGUGAAAUGGAUUGACUCGCGUCAAGGCAAACGUGUGCAGGCGCGCAUCACCGAUUACUUCAAUUAAUGACGGAUGUCCUGUGAUUUGUGAAUAAAUGUAAGUAUUCUAAAACUUCCCCCUCGUGUGUUAGCUCAGUGUACAUUCGCCACUGCAUGGAGAGCCCUCCGUUUAUUUAGCUUUCAUUAAUUCGAACUUCUUUUAAUUUGAACAAAUUUUCGGGCCCCUUCGAGUUCGAAUUAUUGAGAUUCGACUGUAUUUGCACGCCCUCUUUGAGACUUGGACCUUCUACUGUAGUUAGGAAAGCCUACCAUCGUGUGUUCGGCCACUUCAAGCCAUUAUAAGACAGCAACGUCAAUGUUUGCGCUUAUGGCAUUUUGGCAACUCCCCUCCCCUGUUUUUUUCAAUGUUUUUUUUGUUCUUUUUCUUUUUAUACAAAAUAAGGGGGGCAGGUAAAUACUUUCGUCCCCCUCAUUAGGGAAAUUUCCUGGGUUCAGAAUCUUUGAACUUGGCAGGUAUGCCAAAAUUUCUCACUACCAGGUGUUAUUUUUUUGUUGAAGUGCAGAUACGGGCUCUUGUAUGUCAAUUGUCAUGCACGGCUGUCUAACUGUGUGCGGUGGCGGUGCAAGGAACAAUUUGAAACUAUCAGUUGGUCUGAAACACUCAGUCAUGCGCCCAGUGGCAGCGCAGAUGGACUCAGCUAUGUAUGUUGCACACUAAGCGCAUCUGUAUCUGCUACUGUGCACAAUCUGACACUGUUUCACUGCAACGCAGAACUGCCGUUUGGAGCCCAUUGUAGCUGGCUAGUUGUCUGCACUACAUCACCUGCACGUAGCUAUACCGUAUGCGGAUGUUUACAGGGGGGGGGGGGGUAGGUCUGUGUACAGCUUUUCCUCGGACUAUGCAUGGGCAAAAUAAGUAUUUCAUUGCAUCAACGCACUGACUACGAGCUUUCUGCUAGUGGUAGUUCGUGGUUCUCUAGUAAUCCUGCAUGUGAAGGCUGCAAUGUUCAGAGGCACAGUGUGCUCUUGCUGCUGCUCAAUGAGAUUGUGCAGGACACUUGCAACAGCACUACGCUUAGUUUACUGUACACAAGUGUGUGAUGAUAUAUUGCCAGUGAUAGUGCAGCGAAGUAUCCCGGUGCCUGUGUCGUGCAUUUGAAGGUGGCCCUACAUGAGGUGGCAGCAGUGGUUGCACAGCGGGCUCAGGUUUUUGCCAAGUAAUAACUUUUGCUACAAAUAGGUUAGCCCUAUGCCUAGUGGAUAGAUGGGCAGUUAGUUGAAGUCGAUUAUUGGUUGUCAGCCAUCCUCAUUCUUUUCUGGUGCUUAUCCGUUG